AAGAACUUCUGGAAGAGUCGACAGAUUUUAAUUAGUACAUUUUUGCAUGUUCAGGAAAUGAUGGCGGAGGUAUAUUUCAAAUCGACACUGACACUGGGAGCAUCACAAUGCGGGAACCAAUAAUAGAGGCAGGAACAAUUGUUCUUUCAGUCAUGGCAUAUCAGAGGGAAAACAUUGAUCAGUUUGCCACCACUACAGUCACCCUGAAGGUGGUGGAUUCUAGCGAUUACCCUCCAAAGUUUGUGAAGUCCAGUUAUGAAGGCUUUAUCUCAGAGGAUGCAGGUGUGGACAGCCUGGUGCUGGAGAGCAAAACAUCCAACAGAGCCCUCAGAGUACAGGCUACAGAUGAAGACUUUUCUAGUGGCAAUAAUCCUAACCUCAGAUUUGAGAUUGUUGAUGGCACUGACUUCUCAAUCACUGCAGAGGGUUUCAUCCUCAUGGCGAAGGCGGUUUCCCCAGGCACUGUAAAUUUAGAAAUGAGGGUGGUUGACAAAACCAAUGAUGAAUCAAGCACCGCUUCUCUUAGUGUCGAGGUCACUCCAGGGGUUCCCACUUCCACACCUGCCACAACUAUCACGACUUCAUCCAUUAUAACAACAGAGAGCACUGCUAAAACAAAGCUUACAGAAAUCACCACUGCCACCUCGCAACCAGAUAUCACCUCAACUACGCGCCCCAGCACAGGGGGACAGCAGGUGAAAAUGGGUGAGUUUAGUUCGGGCGAUAUGGCGGCUGUAGGGGGCUCUUUGGCUGUGGUUAUCGUUCUCUGCUUAGUUUGCAUUGGACUGAUGGUGCACCGCAUCAAGGGCCAUAACACAGACUGGAAGAAGCUUUCUGAGGCUAGCGUCUUCCAGAGCAAACUUGGUGGAGGCUCAGGUGGUCCUAAAGAGGGUGUGCAGUACAGCAAUGAGGGCUUCCAACUGGAUGAUGAUUCUGGGAGUGUGAAUGGUAAGUUAGCUGCAGACCUGGAGAACAAACUGGAGUCUGGACUAAAGCCGCAGCAGAGACGCGGGUCAGCACAGAAGAUGAUGACCCCCAGCGCUGUCCUCUUGACCACCAGCAGCCCUCAAGCUGACUCCAGCAGCCUGGCAGAAACCAUCGACAGUGAGAAGGAAGUCAAACCAAUCCUGACCAAAGAGCGGCGCAGUGAGGAGGGAUACAAAGCGGUUUGGUUUAAGCAAGAUAUCGACCCCAACACCAAAGAGGAAGUGGUCAUCAUUCCCAACACCGGUGAAGCGGAUGGAGACCGUGAGGAGGAUGAUGACAGCGAGGGUGAAAACAGGCCUGACGUGGAUUCUGGUGAUGAGGAAGGAGUGUCGUCAGAUUUGUAGACUGUUUCUCCCGUGCAACAACUGCAAAACACAUGGACUUGAGUUCAGUUCAAAUGUUAGACACUUUAGUACAGUAGAAACUUUAAAAGAUGUAUUAUUAGUUAGUUGAUUUAUGUGUUCUACGGUUUUUACAAAUGUUUUCCUUUGUCAUAUUUCUUACUAAGGCUGAGUAUCGUUUAAAAAUUUUCGAUACCGAUAACUUGACUUCGAUAUAGGUUCCUAAACGAUACU